UGCAUCCCCACGUGGUCCACAGGGCGGGCGCAUCUCAACUAGCCGAACAUGCUACUUUUUUAAAAGAAGAAACGUGACUGUUGCCUAAUUGCCCAUCUCAUCUAUCCACUCUAGCAGAGGAACAAAACGACCUGGGAUCGAGGACGCAACUUCUCUGGUCCUCAUCCAGAUUGCUCCCAUCUGGGUCUGCCAUAUGCAAGCCACGCGAAACACGCUCGACAUUUCAGGCUGUUGUUCCAAGGCUCAUUUCGGACACCACUUUGAACCCGGUGCAGUGUUAGAGUGAGUUGAAUGUGCAGCACCAGUACACUACAACGUUUGACAGAGUUCAGUUACUAAAUUCGCAUAUUGAUAAAUUCACCAAUACCAUUUGUUUUCUAACUGGGAGUUAAAGUUAUGGAUUCAACAGUGGAUAACCGGCAGAGCAAGGCAGCGCUCCGUCCAUGCGUGCCCAGGUCCCUUCUCAUGCGCUGUCUGGUGGGGUUCCCUACGAUAGUGUGUUUCAUGUUGUCCGUGAGCUCCAUAGCCGUGUGCCUGCUCGUGAGCUUAAAGACGUACCAACUGGAGAACCGACUGCAUGCGCUGGAGAUGGAGAAAAACACAGUGUUCAACCCGCCGGAGAGCGCCUUCAUGCGCGAGGAUGGGACUGUAAUACAGGCGCUGAGGAGAUCUAUCGAGACGCUACUGCAAGAGAGACUGAGUGAAGUGAUGCCCAAGCUGCGCAUGGCGAGGGACAUCCCACAAGAGUGUUCCUGCCCACCAGGUCCUCCUGGAAAGCGUGGAAGGAUGGGCAGAAGAGGUGAUACCGGAGCUCCAGGCAAGACUGGGAGAGAUGGAUACCCGGGCCCGCUCGGCAUGGAUGGCAAACCAGGUCUCCCCGGUCCUAAAGGAAGUCAGGGACCAGCGGGACCCAAGGGAGAUAAGGGUGACCAAGGAGAUAUUGGGCCCAGGAUGGUUUUUCCCCGCUAUGACCAUGGCUUUAUGUCUGGUGACCAGUCCAACUUCCAGAGACGCUUAAUAAAGGGUGACCAAGGGUCUCCUGGCCCCAGAGGCCCUCCUGGAAACACAGGAAAAGACGGGCCCCGUGGCCCGGCUGGAGAACAGGGUUUCCCUGGUCGCGAUGGUAUGGAGGGCCAUGCAGGUUCACCUGGAAAGCCAGGUGAAGAUGGUCAAGCAGGAUACGCAGGACCACAGGGACCCCCAGGGUCAAAGGGCCAGGCUGGUGAGAGGGGCAUGGACGGACUCCCUGGGUUUAAGGGAGACAAAGGAGAUAUCGGAGAGCAAGGAGCCCAGGGAGACAUGGGUUACCCUGGUGAGAAAGGGGUUCCAGGCUCUACUGAGGUCAUUGACUUCAAUGGGAAGCUGCUAGAAGCCUUCCAGGGCCCACCAGGAUUACCAGGGUCCCCAGGUGGAAAGGGAGAGCUAGGCUUGCCUGGACCAUCUGGACUGGAUGGGGAGAAGGGUCCGAAGGGAGAUAUGGGGGAGACAGGGUCAAUCGGAGAGAAAGGAGAGAAAGGAGAGAUGGGUCUCUCUGGGCCAGGGGGAAUAGAUGGACAGAAGGGAGAGAUGGGAGACUCCAGGCUGGAAGAUAACCUGGUUCAGAUGAUUUCUCAGCCGGGCCCCCCCGGCCCCCCAGGACUCCCCGGACCUCCAGGGUACAUGGGUCACCAUGGAAUGCCUGGCCCUAAGGGAGAGCCUGGAGAUAGAGCUAAAGGGGACAAGGGAGACAUUGGAACUGCUGGACUGAGGGGUAUGGAUGGUCCUCAGGGUCCCCCUGGUCCCACAGGUUUGGUGGGUCUCCCAGGCACAAAAGGAGAGAAGGGCAAGUCCGGGGAGCCUGGAAUGGAUGGUUUCCCAGGCCUGACUGGUGAGAAGGGAUCCCGGGGAGACAGAGGAGACAAGGGUGACCGGGGGACGAUGGGGAAGAGAGGUCUGAAGGGCGGGAAGGGGGAGCAGGGUCCUCCUGGACUGGACCAGCCCUGUCCUGUGGGUUCUAAUGGGACUAAAGGACUUUCUGAUGAAGGGGUACCGUCCACCCCUCCUUCUCUUCCUCCUUCUGGCCCUGAGCCCCCCUGUCCUUUGGGGCAAGAUGGACUGCCCAUACCAGGAUGUUGGCACAAGUGAUGACUAACAUCAAGCGUGGCCACUGUACAUAUUGAUAUGGUAUAUAUUGCAACUGAAUACUACAUUGCUUUUUUGUUAUUUUUUGCCUUUUUAUGGAAACGUUUUAUAUAAUAUAUUGAGCUUUUUUUAUCAUGGACGUUAUUUUGAGUCAACAAUAUUAACCAGACUGGAUAUAUCGAUCGAUACAGAUAUUUUUUGUACACAUAGACUUUAGAUGUGAAGUGAAAUGUAGUAAAUGGAACACAACCAUCUUGGAGCAACAUCGGGUACGGGAAAUAUAGGAGCAAACAGACUCCUAACCUAACAGACAGAUGGGCGGAUGGACGGACAGACACACAUGUUGCUGGAGGGUUGAUGAAUAGGGAGAGUGGGUAAUGACUGCCUUACUAAUGGAGUCUCGUCUGCCCUGUUGCUGCCUGGCCCUGUUGCUGCCUGGCCCUGUUGCUGCCUGGCCCUGUUGCUGCCUGGCCCUGUUGCUGCCUGGCCCCUGUUGCUGCCUGAGGGUGUGUGCUUGCUCCACCCUGCUCGAUCCCAUGGAUGGACAGACCUCCUGGUGUGAUAGAGAGAGGAGUGUAGAUCAGUGCUCUCUUCUCCUCUCACUGUUUUUGAAAGGAGGAGACAGAAGCUCAAAUGCAAAUGUCUCACUCUCUCUCAGCCCUGAGGGGAGAGCAGGUCUGGAGGACAGAGAGAAGAUGCAGGAGAGACAGACAGACAUGAGAGCACAAAGGACAGACAACCUCUAGAGAGUGACGGAACGUUCUGUGCCGUUCAGUUCCAUUCCGAAUACUGAGACCCUGUGUUAUGGAAACACACCAGGAGGGGGCGACACAGAACACUGCAUUUCCACUUUCACUUGAAGAGUGAUCUCACCCAUAAAUUGUAGUUGUGGUUUUCAUCACGCUCACUGUUGGUUCUGGGCUACAGAGGCAAGGAUUUACCUAUGAUGUCACAUAAUAAUAAUAAUAAUAAUAAUAAUAAUAGUAGUGGUAGUAGUAAUACAAUUCUGUGGAUAUGAUGAAAGUGUUUUUAUGACAUCUUUUAUUUUGUGUUUACAUUUAAUAAAAUGCAUGAUCAACACAAGUCACAGCAUUAUAUAGCAUCAUGAAAACCUCUCCCAUACCAGCACACUAAGGCAAUAAGUUACUGAGGUAUAUAGUUCGCGAAGAUACAUCUUUAAGUCUCUAACAGUCUUUCCAUGUAAAAAAAAAAUACAUAUAAUGCAGAUGUGUUUUGUGUGUGUCUUACUGGCAGUGAUAACAAGUGUGAUGUUUUCUUUUAUUCUAGGUGAGUUACAUUUGCAUUCCUGUGCAUGGACAUGUUUGUAUAAUAUACAGAUGCAUACUGAGUUCAUUGUGUUAAAUUCAAAUUCAGAACUGGAGCAAUUUGCAGUAUUUCAUCAAUGAAGUUCAACAAACAGUUUGAAUAUAAAGUAAUUUUGUGAUUAAUUUGGCUUUUAUCAGACAUAAGCCAAUUAGUAAUAUCACAUCAGUAUUUUCUGACAGUGUUGACAGUACAGUUUUGAAGUAUAUUGAAGGAUUAUCACUUAACUUUAGCUAAAAACACAUUUAGAUGAAAUACUGUUUAAUUCUGAUUUACAUAUUUCUUUCUAACUUUAUGGAUUGUCUUUUGGAGAUCUAUCUUCUUGGUGCUCGAUCACUCUGUGUUUAGUCUUCCUGUAUGGUUCUCUGUCAACCCUACACACGCGCGCACACACGCACGCAAACACACGCACGCACGCACGCACGCACGCACGCACACACACACACACACACACACACACACACACACACAAACACCAUUUCAAUGUCAACAGCACAUGACUGAUAUAAGGAGCUUAUAACUUGUGAGUUUCAUUAUACUACAUUUAUGCUAUGAAAUGUAUGACUGUGGAAGUUAAUAAGCAAUUCUUUCAUUAUAUUGUACUUUACUAAUGCACAGGUUUCAGUAUUUUCAUUCAUAACAUGUUAUUUCCAACUGGGAUAUGGUGAUCAAUCAUAUUUGUUUCCUUUUUCAUUCUCAUUUAGUAUUGGACAUACUGUAUGCAGCAAUGUGCCUACCUUAAAGGUAAUUUAGUAUUGGACAUACUGUAUGCAGCAAUGUGCCUACCUUAAAGGUAAUUUAGUAUUGGACAUACUGUAGGCAGCAAUGUGCCUACCUUAAAGGUUAUUUAGUAUUGGUCAUACUGUAGGCAGCAAUGUGCCUAUCUUAAGGUAAUUUAGUAUUGGACCUACUGUAUGCAGCAAUGUGCCUUCCUUAAAGUGCAAUACCAGCGCUUUUCAACCUAAUUUUCAUUAUCUCCAGCACAAUGCCAGUGUCUACAUAUGUGAAAACAGCGCAUUUCUACAUUCUGUAGAAAAAAAUAUAAAGUAAAAAAGUUCUACCCGAUGACACAUUUUAAAAGCAAUGAUAUUCAAACACUAUGAGAUUCGCUGCGGUGUAGGGAGCAAGAAAAUACACUCUCUGGCUACAAAUUCAUUGCAGGUUUUGAAAAUCACAUAUUUUUUCACUUUUAAUCCUACCCUGGGAUAUCACAGAGCACCUUUCUUCUCAUCUGUCUUCUUUCACCUUUCUUCUUUUAAUCACCUUUCUUCUCAUCUUUUUAAUCCUUAAGAGUAAAAAAAAAGAUAUAUCUAGCUUAAACAGAUGGAUUUUGACUCCAGGGAUUCUUUGUAACCACAUAUCAUAGAAACACACUGUUUUCACAUAUGUAGACACUGAUAUGGUACUGGAGAUAAUGAAUAAGGUUGAAAUGUGGUGGAAUUGCCCAUUUAACAAACUGAUGUUUCUCUGCAAUAUUACAUGUGUUUAUUUCUUUGGCAGAUAUCAUCAGUUUUUCUUUUUUUAAGGAAUAUUUGCCAUCCAUUAUUGACACAAUGUCUGAGGACAGUUUGGUGUGUUUCAUAAAAAGAAUAAGAUGAAUUAGAGUUUGUCUAUUUGGUUGUGUAUUUGGUUGUAAAAGAAAUAAGCUAUUUUUGUAACUGCUAUCGUUAUCUCUGUAUUAUGCCAAAUCUGGUCAACUCAACAAGUAGACUGAAAUAAACUCCAUAAAAUAUACUGUUA